AUCAGAAAAUCAAUAGUUGACAUUUCAAUCCAACAACAUGCCUGCAAAAUAUCAAUUAGGUGAAGAACAUAGGAAAGGAUCAAUCAUGAUCAACGGUCUUCGUCCUUCUCCAUUGAUGAUCAACAAUCAAUCAAAACCCAUCAAGAAACAGCCGCCUCCGGCGGCAGAACAUCAUCGGCGGCGUCAAGAAGGGCCAGUUAUAAUCUAUACUGAAUCUCCAAAAAUCAUUCAUACUAAGCCUCAUGAAUUCAUGGCUCUUGUUCAGAGGUUAACGGGUCAUCGAGAAAAUGCUGAACGGCGGCAGGUAAGCGUCGCCGGCGGAGAUGAAUCUGAAGAUGAAGAAGGAUCUGGUACUAGCCCUACGGCGGCGGCGGAGGAGGAGGAGAAUGGACCGAAUGAAUUUUUGGCUGAUUUUCCUUUGUUUACUCCGACUUCGAAUAAUCUGUUUUUGUCUCCGGCAGCUCAACAACCUCAUCCUCUUCAUAGAUAUGGUGAUUUUCUUUCACUUUCUCCAAGCGUGGGAAAGAUGGAAUCAUCAUCAUCAUCUUCUUCUUCAAUAUUUAAUGUCAAGAGGGAAUUCAUUGAUGUUAUGAAAUGAUCCAGAGUGAUGUAUACAGUUUGUUGCA